AUGGCAGAAGAAAAUUACCUAUCCACGCCCGACCUAUCGCCUCUCGAGCAAGACGUGCUGGAUGAAUACGAGCGACUAGCCAACAACAUGAAGCAGGUGAAUACGCCCCGGGAAGCACACGAGAGCACCUAUCCCCCCCCCCCCCCCCCCCGACGCCCCGCGACGCGCGACAAACGCGUCCCACUCGCAUCUCGCAUCUCGCUCGCGUCCAACCCGACCACCGACAUCCUCGACGGCCUGCGCGACCUGGAGCGCCAGACGAGCAUGGCGUUUACGCUCCUCAAGGCCAGCGUGUACAGCAUCGUCCUCCAGCAGGAGAUUGACUGGGGCGCCGGCGAGGCUGCGCAGGGGCCGGCGUCGAGCGUCAUGGGCAGCGACUCUGACGACUGA